CCUCCUCCCCCACAGACAUAUUUUCUCCCUGUUUCUCAUACUUCAUCCACCAUACUGCAUGGUCUGGGUCCCUGCUGCCGACCUCUUUCGGACUUCUGAGUACAGAAAAAAACAAGGCACAAACAUCACUGGUGAUUGUGGUGGUAAUAAGAACAACCUGUGUAUGGUAAGAGGAACAUGUAACCGUAGGGACAUUGAACAUUAAGAGGAACACUCAUAAUAUAUACAAUUGUUUACACAAGUACAGAAAGAGACAGUAGAAAUUCAAAAACCACACCAACUGAAUGUGUGUUUUCCCCCCAAUCAGUGAGAGUGACAUAGGCAGAAGACUUUGUGUGAAGCGCAUUGUGGAUCCUUCUGGUAUGAAAUGCGCUAUAUAAAUAAAUAAAGUUUUUAAGUUUAUGUGUGGUGGAUGAGUCCUAGAGUUUCGACAGGGCUUUUUUGGAGCUAUACCAAUCCCCGAAAAACGGUAAUGUAGGCAUGGAUCUUCGGUACUGGAGGAGAGGAUCUCUGUAUCUGGUGGUCAGUGGAGGGGAACUAGUUGCCACUGAGACAGCUAUGGAGCUGAAAGAAGUAGCUGACGUGUUAUGAGGAGGGUAGUGCCAUUCUCAUGGAGCAGUUUUGUUUUUUCUUGGAGAGAUGUAUUUUAGAGUGUGGCCUCCAUUUUCCGAGUGGUAUGGAGAAGAGAGUGGCGUGGUAUGGAACAAAGAGGGGCGUUGUGUAGGGAAGUGGUAUGGUACAAGAGCGUGGCUCUUCUUUAGAAGAGGAAACCUUUAAUUGUCAUGCAACUGACAACACACGCGUGCAGGGAGUGGCGACACCAACACACGCACAUGUUCGAGUGACAACAGGUAAAACAAAUUCUCAGCGUUUUCCCAUCCUGUUUUCCUUCCUCCGAGUGCAGCCAGGAGGAGUGAUCAGCCAUAUAGGCCGGCCUCCAAGGCGACUGGGGGGUCAAGUCCAAGAGCUCACCUCAUUCCUGGCCAGGGACAUGAGCAGGAGAGCAAACUCCACACAGAAAGUCCUGGGAGAUCACUAAAUAGUGCCCGAAGUGGGAAUUUCACCCAGGACCUUCUUGUUGUGAGAAAGUGUAGUGAGGUAGAAGAGUGUGCCUUCCUCUGGGAGAGUGGUAUAGUGGAAGACUGUGCCUUUUUCUGAGAUCCGAGGCACUGUCGGGCAGUUAUGAGACAUCAGUUGUAGAGGGGUCCAGGGUAUUUAGCCAGGAUUCAACAACAGAUAGAAUUCAGCUAGAUACUGUAGGAGUGUUGUGAGUAAGACGAAGCUUGAGGUUUACCAAGCAAGAGUAUGGUGCAUGAGUGGCUAAUACAGUGAGGUUGUAUUUAUUGAUGGCUAUUGACUAGCCUUAGUGAUACAGUGGAUUAGUUGAUGAGUCUCAGGUGUGUAAGUGAUAGGUGCAUAGUCGAGGUGGCCGAUGGGAGUUGUGGUGUGCUUUUUUCUCUUUCCGAACCUCAGCUAACUCCACAUCAUAGAAGAGAACACAGCGACAUACUAGCAACAUAUUUUGCAUGAUUAAAUAAAGUCUGUUCAGAAGUAAGUUUCUCUUAUCCUGUCUAACCACUGUUUGUGUCUGACAGACAAUAAUAUACAACAUCCACAUACACAACCGCCUUAACUAACCACCUCAUAUAACCAAGCACAACGAACACAACCUGUUGAAACAAGUUAACCCUUGUUAUUGCCUGCUCAAAGUCCCUUUCAUAGCUGCAGGCAGAGAUGUGCUUUCUUCGCCUUCCCCCGUCCAUGUGUGUGAUGUGUCUAUAACGUGUCUCUCAGGCGAAGUAUGAAGCGCAUCAUGCCAUUGCGCUGCCCCCUCCAGAAAAAGUGUGUCAUCACCAAGAACAACCGCAGGCAGUGCCAAGCCUGCAGACUCCGCAAGUGCCAGGCCAUAGGCAUGCUCAAAGAAUUGAUUAUGUCUGAUGAGGCGGUGGAGAAGAGGAGAAGUGGCAUCAAAAGGAAGAGGCUGGGCAGGGCUCCUGUCCUUCUCACACCCCAACAGGAAGCCACCAUACAGGAACUGGUCACAGCCCAUCACAACACCUUUGACAUCACCUUCUCCCGCUUCAACGGGUUUAGACCUAUUGACAGAAACCUCAACCCCAUGUUCCCAUACAACCAGUCCGCAAGCCAGGCAAUCAUUCCUCAGAAAGGCUACUGCAGGAGUGGAGAUGAAUCAGCCUCCGAAAGCUCCUCCCCCUCCCUAACCUCCUCCUCUUCCCUGACCUCCUCCUCUUCCUCUUUGUCAUCCCCUUUCAUGCUGAUUGGCGGGGAGGAUAAGGGGGCAGGGGUUGGAGCAGAGAAGACCACCAUGUUUAGCACACUGCCUCACGUGGCCGACCUCACAACCUACAUGAUCCAAAACAUCAUCAGCUUUGCUAAAGGACUCCCGUCCUUCAGGGCUUUGGUGAUUGAGGACCAGAUCUCUCUGUUGAAAGGAGCUACGUUUGAGAUGAGUCAGAUCCGGUUCAACAUGCUGUUCAACUCCAGGACCGGUAUGUGGGAGUGUGGGCCACUCACCUACUGCAUGGAUGAUGCUGUCAGAGCUGGUUUCCAACGCCACCUGCUGGACCCUCUCAUGCGCUUCCACUACACACUGAAGAGCCUGGGGCUGCAGGAAGUGGAGUAUGUCCUCAUGAAGGCCAUCGCCCUCUUCUCUCCAGAUCGUGUGGGCGUGAAAAACCGUGAUCUUAUCGAUUCGCUCCAGGAAAGAGUUGCCUUCACACUGAAGACUCACAUUGACUCGAAGAGAAAGGGGCCGGACAAACAUCUGUUGUAUCCCAAGGUGAUGGCCUGUCUGACAGAGAUGAGGACUAUGAAUGAGGAGUACACCAAGCAGGUGCUCCAGAUCCAGGACAUCCAGCCAGAUGUGUCCCCUCUCAUCCUCGAGGUGGUCAGCAAGGACCCCUAAGGACCCCGUCUCACACGAGCAUCAUCCAGGACACCUAACCACCCUCACAGAAGCCUAAUCCUAACCUCUAACACACAGCCUCAUCAAGGCAUCAUUUACACAGACAUCCACCCUAAUGUGGUUUCAAAUUACCAGUGAUUUGUUGUGAUGUUGCUGUGAUGUAGUACAUUACUACCAGAGUUGCUCAGGGUUGUGAACAGUGCUUUGCAAAAUUAUCAUAAUGCAAGAUUGAAGACAAAAAUAUGAUAUUGUAGCGGGGUCUUGAAAGCAUGAUACACAUUUUUAUCUUGUGUUCAUGUUUCUCAGUUGAAGAAGAAACAGGAUGGGACCACUUUCUUUCCACCUCACCUCAAAGUUAAUGUGUAGUUGUUCACGGUUUCUUGAGGCUCACUAAACAGUUGCUUCAAAAGGACCGACACACUGCUCUACUUUAUCUGAAAUGCUCUCAAGUUCUAUAAUAAGGACUUCUGUUUUGUACAUUGUCAUAUGGCAUCCAGUCCUUGAUAGCUGAAAGGUACAGAGAUUACUAAUGUUGUUCGGUAUGAAAGUGAAGUAUCGUCCUCAUAAUAAGAAAAACACUAAUUAAGAAACCUUUGGGACGCAUGUACUGUACAGGAAGAACAAAUAUGACCAAGGAUUGAACCCUGGGCCACACUACAAGUCAACAGAGCAAUAUAGGAGACGUAAUUAUCGAUAGCCUCUGGAAAACUCUCAAAUAGGUGGCAAGCCAGCCAAGGGGAGGCCCAGUUAUACCUACCCAAUUCUGACGCCUACUAAGGUGAAGAGAAUCGUUAAAAGCUGCAGUUAGGUGAAGCAGCAACGGAAGGCUGAAUAAUAGCAUCAGGAAAAGAUUCACAAAGGAGAGUAUGGAUGGGCCUAAGAAGCCAAAGGAAUCCUUAAAAGAAAGGUUGGAAAAAUCUGUGUCAUACAACACAGUAGAACAGGUUAAAAGCUAAGGUUUAAAUGUGGUAUAACUCAAUUCAAACACUUUAUUUGACCCCGAGGUGGAAUUUGCAGGGGCACGUAGAGUAUUAGUCAGCAUGUGGGGAUGACUGCCGCAGCCAGUUCCCUCUGCUUGUUGUUGUUUGUUUUCCCCAAUGCCUCCCUCCACAGAAAACAAACUCAAUAUAAAAACAUACUCAACAGAUUUCUCUUCCACCCAUGUUCCUGGCCUCCGUUGAUGUGGCUGACUGCUGCUCCUUGCUGCCCUGGGAGGAAGGACAGCAGAAUGGGAAUUAUGGGAAAAUGCAGAGGAACAUUUUCUUUGGUGGACACUUGUGUGUGUGUGUUUCCCUGUGUUGCUACUCCCUGCUCGCUUGUCAAAUUGUCUAACCUUUACAUGUCCUUUUUCAACACAUCCAGCCUACUCAUUCAUUGAUCUGAUGUGACUGGAUGGGUAUCAGCUUUUGAGAUAUCCACAGGCUCUCAACUAUCCAAUCAAAGUAGAUCAGGUAUCACCUUGAACAAUGAGUCAGGGGAGGGAGGGUUAAUGUCUGAGGUUUGGGGCCUUUCUGCUGCUGUACAUUGCAAAAACAAGGUAAUAAAUGUGGCAAAUGUAGAAUGUGUAAGUAUAAUGAAGGUAAGAUUAUUGAGCUGGAGAAUGAUUCUAAAGGGCUUUAGGUCAGCCUUAUUCUUCAUAAUGGUACAUUUAUGUACAAGCUGUAUCAUAAUUAUGUCACAAAUCCAACCAGCUUGACAUCUGUGUGAAGAGUCCAAGCUGUAGUCAGUCAUGUACUGCUGUACAUCCAUGCUACAACAAGAACAAGCCAGUUAUCCAUUAGUUAAUGAACCCCCUUUACAAAGAGCCAGUGUAGAUGUACACACGCACAAUCGCAAAGAAAGAAAAGCAGGAGAGAUGGGGUUUUGUAUCAUUUCCAGGCUAUCCUACUCUUUAUUUAAUGCAAAUUACAGUACCAGGAAACUAUUCCUCAGAGCACGCAGGGCAGGGGGAAUAUUUACACAGGCGCACAUUUAGCAUACCUUCACAGAUCAAAACAAAAAGGAAACAAAAAAACAUCUCAAAUGAAAUAAAAAUGUCAGUCACAAACAGAGGCAUUCAAGUAGUAGUAUUGUUAUACAGGUUGUUUUUGUCCUUUUUUUUUUUUUUUUUUACUCUUUAAACCCAGAUAGCAUAUUUUUCUGCAACAAGAGUGUGUGCGCUGUAAUACAAUAUGUAGCCCACUAUCCUGGCUUGUCUUUUUUGGUGACCUUUGUGGUGUAUUUUUUUCUUCAUGGUUCACUCCUGAACUGGAGUUGAAGAGGGGGGGGGGGGGGGGGGGGGAGUAGCCCAGUGGUUACAGGCUUAGUGGUGGUGUUGGAGAGAGA